AGGUGUCGGAGGCGGAGGAGACCGAGGCGGACUGUCAGAAACCCGGACUAGGGCGGCGGACGGCGGCACCCCACCGUGUCAUGUGGAAGCCGAGACCUCCGGUCGUGUCCUCCUAACUUCUCCCGAGAGUUUGCGGAUUGUCCGAGCGUCGACCACAGUGAAGGUGUUCCUUACUGGGUGAGCGACAUGUCAGACAAGAUGUCCAGCUUCCUGCACAUCGGGGACAUCUGCUCCCUGUACGCAGAAGGUUCCACCAAUGGUUUCAUCAGCACUCUGGGCUUGGUGGAUGACCGCUGCGUUGUCCAGCCUGACACAGGGGACCUCAACAACCCUCCAAAGAAGUUCAGAGACUGCCUGUUCAGGUUGUGUCCAAUGAACCGCUACUCGGCCCAGAAGCAGUUCUGGAAGGCAGCAAAGCCUGGAGGGAACACCGACACCGUCCUCCUGAACAAGCUUCAUCAUGCAGCUGACUUGGAGAAGAAGCAAAAUGACUCUGAAAACAAAAAGCUCCUUGGAACAGUUAUCCAGUAUGGAAAUGUUAUUCAGCUUCUCCACCUGAAGAGCAAUAAAUACCUGACGGUGAACAAGCGUCUCCCGGCACUGCUGGAGAAGAAUGCCAUGAGGGUGAUGCUGGACACUGCUGGAAACGAGGGCUCCUGGUUCUACAUCCAGCCCUUCUACAAGCUCCGCUCCAUCGGUGACAGCGUGGUGAUUGGGGACAAAGUAGUUCUGAACCCUGUGAAUGCCGGUCAGCCUCUCCAUGCCAGCACACACCAGCUCGUGGAUAAUCCAGGCUGCAAUGAGGUGAAUUCUGUCAACUGCAACACCAGCUGGAAGAUUGUGUUGUUCAUGAAGUGGAGCGACAACCAGGAAGUCGUACUGAAAGGGGGUGACGUGGUGCGCUUAUUUCACGCAGAGCAAGAGAAAUUUCUCACCUGCGACGACCACAGAAAAAAACAGUACGUCUUCCUUCGUACCACCGGACGACAGUCGGCCACUUCCGCAACCAGCAGCAAAGCUCUGUGGGAGGUGGAGGUGGUCCAGCAUGACCCAUGCCGAGGUGGGGCAGGCUACUGGAACAGCCUGUUCCGGUUCAAACACCUGGCCACUGGACACUACCUGGCAGCAGAGGUGAAUCCGGACUAUGAAGAGGAGUGCUUGGAGUCACGCUCUUCACUGGACUCGGAGCAGGAGGCCUUGCGCGCACGUUUGAGAAAUGCCCAGGAUAAGGUCAUGUACACCCUGGUCUCUGUUCCCGACGGAAAUGACAUCUCCUCUAUAUUUGAGCUUGACCCCACCACCUUGAGAGGGGGAGACUCACUGGUGCCCAGGAACUCGUAUGUCCGGCUCAGACACCUGUGCACUAACACGUGGGUCCACAGCACCAACCACCCCAUUGAUAAGGAAGAGGAGAAGCCCGUCAUGCUCCGUAUCGGUACUUCCACACUCAAAGAGGACAAAGAGGCAUUUGCUAUUGUGCCUGUCUCCCCAGCUGAAGUGAGAGACCUUGACUUUGCCAAUGAUGCUAGUAAAGUGCUGGCUUCUAUUGCUGGCAAGCUGGAGAAAGGCACCAUUACACAGAAUGAGAGGAGGGCGGUCACCAAGCUUCUGGAGGAUCUGGUGUUCUUUGUCGUGGACAUUCCCAACAAUGGGCAGGACGUGUUGGACAUCAUGGUCAACAAGCCCAACAGGGAGAGACAGAAGCUCAUGAGAGAGCAGAACAUCCUCAAACAGAUCUUCAAGCUGCUGCAGGCUCCCUUCAUGGACAGUGGAGACGGGCCGAUGCUGCGACUGGAGGAGCUGGCUGACCAGCGCCACGCCCCGUUCAGACAUAUCUGCCGCCUCUGUUACCGCGUCUUACGCCACUCCCAGCAGGACUACCGCAAGAACCAGGAGUACAUAGCCAAGCAGUUUCGCUUCAUGCAGAAACAGAUUGGCUAUGAUGUCCUGGCUGAAGACACCAUCACGGCUCUGCUGCAUAACAACCGCAAGCUGCUGGAGAAACACAUCACUGCUGCAGAGAUUGACACGUUUGUAAGCCUGGUCCGUAAGAACCGCGAGCCCAGGUUCCUGGACUACCUGUCAGACCUGUGUGUGUCAAUGAAUAAAUCCAUCCCUGUGACGCAGGAGCUGAUCUGUAAUGCCGUGCUGGACCCUGCCAACGGAGACAUCCUCAUAGAGACCAAACUGGUGCUUUCGAGAUUUGAGAUCGAAGGAGCGUCUAUCGGAGACAAUUCUGUGGAGUCCGAGGAGGAUGAGGAGGAGGUGUGGCUCUUCUGGAAGGACAGCAACAAGGAAAUCCGCAGUAAAAGCAUCAGGGAACUGGCCCAGGAUGCUAAGGAGGGCCAAAAGGAGGACCAGGAGGUCAUUAGUUACUACAGGUACCAGUUGAACCUUUUUGCCAGGAUGUGUUUGGACCGGCAGUACCUGGCAAUCAACAAGAUCUCUGGCCAGCUGGAUGUGGACCUUAUCCUGCGCUGUAUGUCAGAUGAAGACCUGCCUUACGAUCUGCGAGCCUCUUUCUGCCGCAUGAUGCUGCACAUGCAUGUAGACCGUGACCCCCAGGAGCAGGUCACGCCUGUCAAAUAUGCACGACUCUGGUCUGAAAUCCCCUCUGAGAUCGCAAUUGAUGACUACGACAAUGAUGGGACGUCUAAAGAUGAGAUCAAGGAGCGUUUCUCUCAAACCAUGGAGUUUGUAGAGAACUACCUGAGAGAUGUCGUGUGCCAGAGUUUCCCCUUUGCCGAUAAAGAGAAGAACAAGUUGACCUUUGAGGUGGUAAAUCUAGCCAGGAACCUAAUCUAUUUUGGCUUCUACAACUUCAGUGAUCUUCUGCGGCUUACCAAGAUUCUGUUGGCCAUUCUGGACUGUGUCCAUGUCAGCACCAUCUUCCCCUUCAACAAGCUGGAGAAAGGAGAUGAGACAAAAGGCAGUAAUGUGAUGAGAUCAAUUCACGGGGUUGGCGAGCUCAUGACCCAGGUGGUCCUAAGAGGAGGGGGCUUCCUCCCCACCACGGCCAACCCCUCCAGUGGAGAUACGGUUAAAAACCAGACAGAACCAGAAAAACAAGACAUAUUGGUCAUGGACACCAAGCUCAAAAUAAUUGAGAUCCUGCAGUUCAUACUGAAUGUACGUCUGGACUACAGGAUCUCCUGUCUACUAUCAAUCUUUAAGAGGGAGUUUGAUGAGAGUAAUUCUCAGACUGAUUUGACUGUUUCCGGAACUGCAGAGGGAGCUAACAACAUGCCAGGGGCACUGGAUUUUGAGCACAUAGAAGAGCAGGCCGAGGGGAUAUUUGGUGGAAGUGAAGAAAACACUCCUUUGGACCUGGAUGACCAUGGUGGCCGUACCUUCUUGAGAGUUCUUCUUCACUUAACUAUGCAUGACUAUCCUCCGCUAGUGUCCAGAGCCCUCCACCUGCUCUUCAGACACUUUAGCCAACGGCAGGAAGUCCUGCAGGCUUUUAAACAGGUCCAGUUGUUGGUGACUAGCCAAGAUGUGGACAACUACAAGCAAAUCAAGUCAGACCUGGACCAGCUGCGCUCUAUUGUGGAGAAGUCUGAGCUCUGGGUUUACAAGAGACAGGGGGCAGAUGAGGUUAUUGACGGAGGAGAGGGGCUCUCCACCGAGCCAGCUCAUAAGAAGGGUGACUCAAGUGGUUUAGAGAAACCAAAUAAGCCAGAAAGCACCAGCAGUUACAACUACAGAGUGGUGAAGGAGAUCCUGCUGCGGCUCAGCAGGCUCUGUGUCCAGGAGGGUCUGUCUGGCAGAAAGAGCAAGAAGCAACAGCAGCAGCGGCUGCUGAGAAACAUGGGGGCUCACGCCGUGGUGCUAGAGCUCUUGCAGAUCCCCUAUGAGAAGGGAGAAGAUCUGCGCAUGCAGGACAUCAUGAAGUUGGCCCAUCAGUUUCUCCAGAACUUCUGUGCAGGGAACCAACAGAACCAAGCUUUGCUCCACAAGCACAUCAACCUGUUUCUUAACCCAGGGAUUCUUGAAGCAAUCACCAUGCAACAUAUCUUCAUGAACAACUUCCAGCUGUGCAGUGAGAUCAACGAGCGUGUGGUGCAGCACUUUGUCCACUGCAUCGAAACACAUGGCCGUAACGUUCAAUACCUCAAGUUUCUGCAGACUAUCGUCAAAGCUGAGAACAAGUUCAUCAAAAAGUGUCAGGACAUCGUCAUGGCUGAGCUGGUGAACGCUGGUGAAGAUGUUCUCGUCUUCUACAAUGACCGGGCCUCAUUCCAGACGUUGGUCCAAAUGAUGCGUUCAGAACGUGACCGUAUGGAUGAGAACAGCCCUCUGAUGUACCACAUUCACUUGGUGGAGCUCCUCGCUGUCUGCACUGAGGGCAAGAAUGUCUACACAGAGAUCAAGUGCAAUUCCCUGCUGCCAUUGGAUGACAUCGUACGGGUGGUCACGCAUGAGGACUGCAUUCCGGAGGUGAAGAUUGCCUACAUCAACUUCCUGAACCACUGCUAUGUGGACACCGAGGUGGAGAUGAAAGAGAUCUACACGUCCAACCACAUGUGGAAACUGUUUGAGAACUUCCUCGUUGAUAUUUGCAGAGUGUGCAACAACACAAGUGACCGCAAGCAUGCAGACACAAUCCUCGAGCGCUACGUAACCGAGACCGUCAUGAGCAUCGUAACCACUUUCUUCAGCUCACCCUUCUCUGACCAGAGCACCAGUCUACAGACCAGGCAGCCGGUCUUUGUGCAGCUAUUGCAGGCAGUGUUCAGGGUUUACCAUUGUAGCUGGCUGGUUCCUGUCCAAAAAGGCUCCGUUGAAAGCUGUAUCAAGGUCCUCUCUGAUGUUGCCAAAAGCAGAGCGAUAGCUAUUCCGGUGGACUUGGACAACCAGGUGAACAACCUGUUUGUGAAGUCCAACAACAUCGUCCAGAAGACGGCCAUGAGCUGGAGACUGUCUGCCCGCAACUCUGCUCGACGAGACUCUGUGGUGACCGCGUCACGAGACUACAGGAACAUCAUUGAGAGGCUUCAGGACAUUGUGUCGGCUCUCGAGGACCGUCUGCGUCCACUGGUCCAGGCAGAGUUGUCUGUACUGGUGGACGUGCUGCAUCGACCUGAGCUGCUCUUCCCUGAAAACACAGACUCGCGCAGAAAGUGUGAGAGCGGAGGCUUCAUAUGCAAGCUGAUUAAACACACCAAGCAGCUGCUGGAGGAAAAUGAGGAGAGGCUAUGUAUCAAGGUCCUGCAGACGCUUCGAGAGAUGAUGACCAAAGACCGCGGCUAUGGAGAGAAGGGCGAGGCUCUGAGGCAGAUUCUGGUGAACCGUUACUAUGGCAACUUCCACCGGAGUGGGGGGCGCAGAGACAGCCUGACAGCAUUCAGCAAUGGACCCUUAAGUCCGGUAGGACCCAGCAAAAGCCAAUCGGGAUUAGGGGGCCCUGGAUCCCUGAGUCGUGGAGAAAUGAGCCUGGCGGAGGUACAGUGUCACUUGGACAAAGAAGGAGCUUCUGAUUUGGUCAUCGACCUCAUUAUGAACACCACCAGUGACCGAGUCUUUCAGGAAAGCAUUCUUCUGGCUAUCGCACUGCUGGAGGGUGGAAACACGACCAUCCAGCGCUCCUUCUUUUGUCGUCUGACGGAGGACAAGAAGUCGGAGAAGUUCUUCCGGGUCUUUUACGACCGCAUGAAGCUGGCCCAGCUGGAGAUCAAAGCAACGGUGACCGUCAACACCAGCGACCUGGGCAACAGGAAGAGGAACGACGACUCUCAGGAAAAAGACGUCCCUGUGCGCAAGAAAGCCAGAGAUUCAGUGGUGGUGGUGACGGAAGAUGUGCGAGAGCAACUACUUGAAGCCUCCUCUGCAACUAAGAAGGCCUUUAACUCCUACCGACGUGAGGCAGACCCCGAGGACCACUUCUCCUCAACUGACGGCCAGCAGAACACCGGGGACAAGAACCAGGAUGAGGGGGAGAUGAGCUUCAUCAUCGUCAUCAUGCAGCCCAUUCUGCGCUUUCUUCAGCUGCUUUGUGAGAACCAUAACCGGGACCUGCAGAACUUCCUGCGGUGCCAAAACAACAAGAACAAUUACAACCUCGUGUGUGAGACACUACAGUUCUUGGACUGUAUUUGUGGCAGCACCACGGGGGGUCUCGGUCUACUGGGCCUGUACAUCAACGAAAAGAACGUGGCCCUGAUCAACCAAACGGUGGAGAGUCUGACGGAGUACUGCCAGGGCCCCUGCCAUGAAAACCAGAAUUGCAUUGCAACGCACGAGUCCAAUGGAAUUGACAUCAUCAUUGCCCUGAUUCUGAAUGACAUCAACCCGCUGGGGAAGAAGAGGAUGGACCUGGUCCUGGAGCUCAAGAACAAUGCGUCCAAGCUGUUGCUCGCCAUCAUGGAGAGCCGCCACGACAGUGAGAAUGCAGAGAGGAUCCUGUACAACAUGAGGCCCAAGGAGCUAGUGGAGGUGAUAAAGAAAGCCUACCUGCAGGGUGAGGUAGAGUUUGAGGAAACGGAGGAGGAUCAGGAAAACGGGGAGGAGGACCACGAUGCAGCCUCCCCCCGCAAUGUUGGACACAACAUCUACAUUUUAGCUCACCAGUUGGCACGUCACAAUAAGGAGCUGUCCAUCAUGUUGAAGCCAGGAAUGGCGAGUGGUGAGGGAGACGAGGCCUUGGAGUUCUACGCUAAACACACUGCUCAGAUAGAGAUUGUGAGACAGGACCGUACCAUGGAAGAGAUAGUUUUCCCCGUGCCCAACAUCUGUGAGUUCCUGACCUCGGAGUCCAAGCUACGGGUGUACUACACCACCGAGAGGGACGAGCAGGGGAGCAAGAUCAACGACUUCUUCCUACGAGCAGAGGACCUCUUCAACGAGAUGAACUGGCAGAAGAAGCUCAGAGCCCAACCGGUGCUCUACUGGUGCUCCAGGAACAUGUCGGUGUGGAGUAACGUUUCCUUCAAUCUGGCUGUGCUCAUGAACCUGCUGGUGUGCUUCUUCUACCCUCUGGAAGGUGUAAGCGGAGGUUCGCUUGAUCCCCACCUAUCCGCAUUGCUGUGGAUGGUGGUGUUGGCAGCGCUGGCCAUCGUCAUCAUUAUGCCCCAGCCACUGGGCAUUCGUGCCCUGGUCAUUGUCACUAUCCUUCGUCUCAUCUUCUCUGUUGGCCUGGAGCCCACCCUCUUCCUUCUCGGUGCCUUCAACGUGUGUAAUAAGAUUAUCUUCCUGAUGAGUUUUGUCGGAAACCGAGGGACCUUUACACGGGGCUACAAGGCGAUGGUGAUGGACUUUGAAUUCCUCUACCACCUUAUCUACCUCAUCAUCUGCAGUCUGGGGGUCUUUGUACAUGUAUUUUUCUACAGUUUGUUGCUCUUCGACCUCGUGUACAGAGAGGAGACCUUGCUGAAUGUGAUCAAGAGUGUAACGAGGAAUGGGCGCUCGAUUGUGCUGACUGCUGUGCUGGCUCUCAUCCUGGUCUACCUCUUCUCCAUUGUGGGCUACAUCUUCUUCAAAGAUGACUUUAUCCUGGAAGUAGACCGUAUCCCCAACACCACCUUAAAGAGUGGAGCCAGUCUGGCCAGUGAGCUCUUAUCUGCAGAGGUGUGUCAGACAGGGAAUGAAGAAAACUGCUCCACAGAGGUCCCACAGGAAGACUCUGGAAAUGAGGGUGAGGAGGAGAGCGACGUGGAGCGGACAUGUGACUCUCUGCUCAUGUGUAUCGUCACUGUACUGAGUCAUGGCCUGCGGAGUGGAGGGGGUGUGGGGGAUGUCCUCCGCAAGCCCUCCAAAGAGGAGCCGCUGUUCGCAGCCAGGGUGAUCUAUGACCUGCUGUUCUUCUUCAUGGUCAUUAUUAUCGUCCUCAACCUCAUCUUUGGUGUCAUCAUCGACACCUUUGCUGACCUAAGGAGCGAGAAGCAGAAGAAAGAGGAGGUCUUGAAGACCACCUGCUUCAUCUGUGGUCUGGAGAGAGACAAGUUUGACAACAAGACGGUGACAUUUGAGGAGCACAUCAAAGAGGAGCACAAUAUGUGGCAUUACCUCUUCUUCAUCGUCCUGGUGAAGGUGAAGGACUCCACUGAGUACACAGGCCCCGAGAGCUAUGUGGCUGAGAUGAUCAAGGAGCACAACCUGGACUGGUUCCCCAGGAUGCGUGCCAUGUCCUUGGUGAGCAGUGAUUCAGAGGGUGAACAGAAUGAAAUCAGGAACCUCCAGGAGAAGCUGGAGUCCACCAUGAGACUGGUGGCCAACCUGUCUGGACAGCUAACGGAGCUAAAGGAGCAGAUGACAGAGCAGAGGAAGCAGAAACAGCGGAUCGGUCUUCUUGGCCACCCACCUCACAUGAACAUUAACCCCCAACAGCCUGCCUGAAGACCCCCAGACUCUGUCUGGCCAGUCACAACAGUGCCUGGACAGUCCAGAAAGUCCACUGUAUGUGUUGGAAGGAGAAUGCCAAAGCACGUGUCCAGUAUGCCGCUGUGCACACCUCACUUAGGUUGCUGUCUGACUUUAUACUUCAACACAGCACAGCCAUCAGUGUGUGCUUCUAUAGACGGCACAUUUCAGAAGUUUUCUGAGUGAAGUAGAUGUUGUGAGUGUGUUAGUCACGGUAUGAAGUGUGGAUGUGUGUGCAGAGUGUGCACUAAGUGCCUGUUGAUGUGAGGAUCCAGUUGUCCAGGUCGAGGAGAUGACCGUAUUGACUUCAACACCGCUAUGCUUCCUGCCUUCUCUAUAUUAUUCACCACUCUUCCAGCGUGCCAAAGUUCAGUAGUUGUAGCUGAGGGAGUAUUCCUCGUGAGUGGCCUUGUUUGGGGGCGUGAAGCCUCUGAUUCACCAGCAGCCUCAGGUCACGUAAGGUUUGAAAGGUCAUCUGAAAUCGUCCAGUGUCUUGCUUUUGUCUGACUCCAAUAGGAAUACUUUAUGAUAUGCAACGUCUUAAAGAGAAGAACUUAUUUUUGGAAUCUGUUUAUUUGCCUUUUAUAUUUAAAAUGACAGUGUCGUAUAUUUAAGAUUUGAUGGGGAGAAAUAAUUUCCUCAAAAAUUAUCCUAAGCGUUAACCUUAUUUUCCACCACCACUUAAUAUGAGCACCUUUUAUAGCAGCUUUUGUCUCGGGAGGCACUCCCUUAUAACCAAACUCUCAUAGUUCCUUAUGCCCUCAAAUGAAAGUUCUGCUCUUUCCACGAGUCUUCAGGGUCGAAAAUUUUGAGUUCCCUAAAGCUUCCACAUUCUUUAAGCUCUGUUUUUUUGUUUGUGAUAUUUCUUGAACUUUGAGAGCUCUGUCGUCAGAUGUGACUGUGACCGUAUGAGAGGAGGGUACACGCGCCGUGGUGUGGAGUCCCAGCGGAAGGAGAACAGAACCAAAAUAAAAGGAUUCUGGGAGCAGAGAUGAAAAUGUUUCAAAUGUUAUGGCCUUGUUUGGUAUUUCGGCACCGGAUUAUUUAAUCAUUCCUUAAUUCUGUUUACUGGUAUAAUAACACUGAUAUGAUUUUUUUCCCUGUAGCGCACAAAUCAAGUCACUGACUGUAUAUGAGUUCAUGUAAAAAAAAAAAAAUUUUUUUAAA